UAAAAAGUCUUAUUCGUGACGAAGGUAUCUUAUUUAAAUCGAGUAAGCGCGGUUUUUUCGGUCAUGCAGAACAGUGCACGAGACAUGAGAAUGACGAUAUGCUAUCGCUUGACCGUGCGCAGGCCGCCCAACAUAAAACAUUUUUCUUUUAUUUGUUGUAACCAUUGCGAGGACGCUUGUAAUUGCGAUUUGGCGAUGCGCUGCUUCCGCUUGAUGCGCAGCUCCUGGCAGUCCAUAUCGUUUGGCCAAAAAUCGAGGGCUAGACCCGCCGAGCAGCGAGACUGAGCUGCCAGAUUCAAAAACAAGAGCAACAACUCAAGCUUAGGGACAGGAAACAACUUUUUGUUUGGACACGCAUAAAAUGGAACGGAGUGUAAAAAAGCCAAGAGCCCUGAGAGAAACACAAAAGCACGGAACCUGAGCAACACACCAGUGAUAUAAUAGUAGUCAACCCAUAUUAACCCAGAAUAAGCCCUCUUCGAACCCAUUCUCACCCAAGCCCUGCGUCAAGAUGGCCGUGCAGCUGAAGCAGAGCUACCACCACCUGCCUCUGACGAUCACCCCGAUCCUGCAUCCCGCACACCCGGCCCAUAUUCUGCAGCAGGGCCCCAAUCUUCUGCAGCCGGCGCCCAAUCCCCCGCAGCCCCAGCCGCCGGAUCUCACCUUCCAUUGCAUGUGCUGUUCGGAGUUCUUCGUCCACCCAGCCCUGCUCUACCAGCACAUGAACACCCUGCAUCCCAACGAGCCGACCAACGGGCAGCCCGAGCAGGAGAGUCCGGGGGACGAGAGCGAGGACUACAGCUGGAUCUUUGAGCCCGUUUGCGAGCUGGCCGAGGAUGGCAGCGACUCCUCGGGCGGCAGCGAUUCCUCAGGCUCCGACAGCUCCUCCUCCUCGGACGACGAAGACGACGACAGCAGCUCCACCUCGAGUUCCAGCAACUCCAGUUCGACCAGCAGCUCGGUGCCGUCUUCCAGCAACUCAAACACCCAGCAGAGUCAGGAAUCCUUGCAGCCCAUGCGCGGCUUGGUGGCCGGACCGGGCUACAACGAGUUCCAGCUCCAGGUGGCGGACCCCCAAGAGUCGACCUCGAUCUUCAUGCUGCAGCCGACCAUGAGCUUUACCCCUCUGCAGCAGCAGCUUGCACCACCCUUACCCACUCCACACCUAGGAUUCUCCAUGGACCCGGCGCCCAUCAAACGGCGGCGAGGAAGACGCACCAACUUCAAUGUCCCAGCGAUGGAUCCGGCGUUAAAUGGCAACCAGAAGUGCUUCCAGUGCACCCACUGCGAGGCCAGCUUCCCCAACGCCGGCGAUCUGUCCAAGCACGUGCGCUCGCACAUCACCAACAAGCCGUUCCAGUGCUCCAUAUGCCAGAAGACAUUCACGCACAUCGGCAGCCUGAACACACACAUCCGGAUUCACAGCGGGGAGAAGCCGUACAAGUGCGAACUCUGCCCAAAGGCCUUCACGCAGUCCAGCAGUCUGAUGGUGCACAUGCGUUCCCACUCUGUGCGCAAACCGCAUCAGUGCCUGGAGUGCGACAAGGGAUUCAUCAACUAUAGCUCGUUGCUGCUGCACCAAAAGACGCACUCCGCGCCCACGGAGACGUUCAUUUGUCCGGAGUGCGAGCGCGAGUUUAAAGCGGAGGCUCUGCUCGACGAGCACAUGCGGAUGCACACGCAGGAGUUGGUGUACCAAUGCGCCAUCUGUCGCGAAGCCUUCCGCGCCAGCUCGGAGCUGGUGCAGCACAUGAAGAACCACAUGGGCGAGAAGCCGUUUACUUGCUCCCUGUGCGACCGCUCCUUCACGCAGUCGGGCAGUCUCAACAUCCAUAUGCGAAUUCACACCGGCGAGAAGCCAUUCCAGUGCAAGCUCUGCGACAAGUGCUUUACCCAGGCCUCGAGUUUGAGUGUCCACAUGAAGAUCCAUGCUGGCGAGAAGCCCUAUCCGUGUCCCAUCUGCGGAAAGUCCUACAGCCAGCAGGCGUACCUUAACAAGCACAUUCAGGCGCACCAGGUGGCUGCUGCUGCCCCCCCUUCCUCCUCGCCUGGACUGCUGGUCACCAAGCAGCCGCACGAGACCCUGGUCUGCAUCGUCUGCGGAUCACUGCAUGCGGACGCCACUGCCCUGGCGAAUCAUGUUCAUGUUCAGCAUGCAGCUCUCCUUGACACGAUGAAACAGUCGGCAAUGAACACGGCUUCAGGGACACCUCAUCCAGAGGGAAAGUGCACCGUAGAGGAGCAGGAAGCCUAUGUGCAGCGGGUCCAGUCCGUCUUGCAGCAGAUGAACCAGCAGCAGCAACAGCAAAUGCUGCUUCCACAGCAGCCCAAGUUGCCAGCCAUGGAUUCCACCGGCGAGGACGAAGAAGAAAUUGAUGAUGCAGAGGAACCACCGGAUGAGGAGGAGGAGGAAGAGCGAGGGGAGACUCCAGAGGCAGAGGCUGAAGUGCGGGAAGCAGAGAAACCUCUCAUCAACCCAAGUUAUCCAAUUCUUGAUCUGCAGGAGGAGCACAUGCUACUAGACUCUGACAUGUACUACGAGGAUUUUGCCGACAUGGACGUCGGCUGCCAGGAGGAGGUGUUUGGGGACUUUGUCGUCAACGAGGAGGAGGUAUACACCGAUGCGCUCAUGUAGAUUUAAGUAAUAGAAUUGGCCAUAGUUGAUGAAAGCAAUUCAUAUUUACACUGAAAUGGCACGGCAGUUCUUAAAUCCGGCCUUACUUUUUCCCCUUUUUUUUGGUAACCUAAAUUGUCGUGGGCUGCUUACAAUUUAUUGUGCUAUGUUACCAUUUAGAUUUAUUAGAGAUUAUCAAUUUUAGCAUUGUAAAAGUAUGUUUUAGCCCUGGCCCAUAGAAGAUCAGUGAACAAUAUUACUUAAGAACUGUUCAUCUACCACCUAAUCAUAAGUUCAGAACCGAUUUUGGCAUCAUUCCACAUUUUGUGCAACCAAAAUGAAAUUCCAGUUUUGACUCUUAUAUCACACAAAGCUCACACGACUAAAGAUUGUCCAAAAAGAGACGCAUUGUAUUUGCACAUUAUCUUCUAAAGAUAUUACAUUUUGUUAGUGUUAAGCCCUACUUUAUGCUGCUCAUUUUACAUCCCAAAGGAUUUUCCCUUACCCAUAUGUUGGAAUUAAAAUAUUAAUUCCAAUCACCCCACGUCGCGUAUUUCCCAAAAUCGCCUGAAGAGAUUACAUUAAUCGUUAUAUUUAAAA